AUGCGUGUCCUCAGAUCUACGUUUCCUGCGGUUAUCCGCCAAUCAAGAUGCUAUCUCCAAACUGUGACCAAAAGAUGGAACUCUUCAGUAUCACAACGGCCGGGUUCAGAUCGGUUGCGAUUUCCUGGUGCCAUAGACAGCAAGUUUACAACAAAACUUGACUUUACACGACCUUCGGACAAGAAAGCCAUGCCGACUUAUCGUAUCCUGGAUCAAGAUGGUGUUAUUGUCGAUAAGUCACGGGAACCGACUGAUAUCUCAGAUGAACAUUUGAUCAAGAUGUACAAAGACAUGCUGAGCGUGAGCAUCAUGGACGUAAUCAUGUUCGAUGCCCAAAGACAAGGCCGCAUCAGUUUCUACAUGGUCUCAGCAGGCGAAGAAGGCAUAGCAGUCGGCUCAACCUCCGCCUUAGAUCCCAGUGAUCCAAUCUUUGCUCAAUAUCGCGAGACUGGCAUCUUCAAAUACCGAGGCUUCACACCUGCAGACUUUAUGAACCAACUUUAUGCCAACAAGCACGAUCCAGGUCUAGGUCGCAACAUGCCUGUGCACUACGGAAGCAUGAAGUACCAUAUUCAUACCAUCAGUUCACCUCUAGCUACUCAGAUCCCCCAAGCUUCUGGUGCAGCAUAUGCUGUCAAGAUGCAGAACGCCAUGAACCCUAAAGAUACACAACGCUGUGUAGCAUGCUACUUUGGCGAAGGCGCAGCCAGUGAAGGUGACUUUCACGCAGCACUAAACAUCGCUGCUACCAGAAAAUGCCCCGUCAUAUUUAUUUGCAGAAACAACGGUUAUGCCAUUUCCACGCCAACGCUUGAGCAGUACCGUGGUGAUGGCAUCGCAUCUAGAGGUGUAGGCUACGGCAUCGAUACUAUUCGAGUCGAUGGCAACGACAUCCUCGCCGUCAGGGAAGUCACCAAAGAGGCUCGCAAGAUGUGUCUCGAAGACGGCGGCAAACCUAUUUUGAUCGAAGCAAUGAGCUACCGUGUUUCACAUCACAGUACAUCCGAUGACAGUUUCGCUUACCGCGCCAAAGUCGAAGUAGAAGACUGGAAGCGCAGAGACAAUCCCAUCACUCGCCUGCGAAAGUGGAUGGAAGGGAAAGGCAUUUGGGAUGAUGAGAAGGAGAAAGAGGCUCGAGCUGUACUCAAGAAGGAGAUCUUGGACGCAUUCAAGCAAGCUGAGAAGGAGAAGAGACCGGCAUUGAGAAAUAUGAUGGAAGGUGUAUAUGAAGAGUUGACCGAGGAACAAAGAGAGCAGAUGGAGAAACUGAGGACUAUCAUCGAAAAGUAUCCUGACGAGUACGACGUCAGUGAGUAUGAAGGUGGGCUUGAUAGUCUGAAGAAUUAG